AUGGCGGAUACUACAAGCACCAACACAUCAGUGGAUGACAGAACAGAAGGGGAGAACCCCACCAGAGAUCUCCUAGCAGAUGGCAUCGUUAAUAUGUUGAAGCCUACUGUGGAUCAGAUCGAGGAAAGGAUCAAAUUUACAAGGAUCAGGCAAGUUGAACUUCAUCAACAUAUAGAAACCCUUCUCAUUGAUCUUCAGCGGAUCUCAGAAGCUCAACCUGCACCUCUGGACUUCGAAGAAUAUGUAAAGAAGCUGACCAACACCAAGAGGAGGGUUAUGGUCAUCAAUAAUAUUCUUCACAAUGCUCAAUUUGAAGGAUUUGGUAACUGCAAAGGUGCUGGUCUACUGCACCGCCUCCAUCUUUCCCUCCUUCAUCUGGAUGACGAGGUGGAAAUGGAGACACCACAUUUUGACCACUUGUGCCAAGAGAGAUACUCCAGUGUGUAUGAACCAGCAGAAGAUUCCUUUCUCCUCCUUGAUGCCCUUGAGCAGGAUUUGGGUGUCAUAAACUCUACAAUGCCGUUAAUAUGUCUCGAGGUCGGAUGCGGCAGUGGCGUCGUGAUCUCGGCACUCGGUCGCUGCUUGGAAACCCCUGCCCUCUGUCUUGGUGUGGAUAUCAAUCCAGUUGCUUGCCACUGCACCCAAAUCACAGCACAGAAGAAUGGGUCCAAUGUCGAUGUGAUAUGCGCAGACCUAGCAAUCCUGUUGCUCGGUCGGCUUGAAUCUAGCAUAGAUGUCCUUAUUUUCAAUCCUCCAUAUGUGGUCACUGAAUCAGCAGAAGUCCUCGAGCCAGGUCUGCCUCGGUCGUGGGCAGAUAUCCUAACAAACGACCAGUUUUCAUUGAAUAAUGAAAGCAGGGUGUCGCCUGGCUUCAAGAAGCAUCAGUAUUCAUCCCAACUGCUUAUGAAGGAUCGAUAA